AUGUAUGUGACAAUUUAUUUUAUAUUCAUAAUAUUCAUUUUAUGGAUUGGUGAAAUAUAUAGCCAAUAUCCAAGUCCAUCUUUAAGCGUAUUCAAUACUAAUGCGUCAGAUAACGACCAAAUGACUAAACCACCUGAAAUACCGAUCGCACCUCCUCGUGUACCAGCUAUGUUACAUACCAAUAAUUAUCGACCACCGCCACCACCGACAAGAAGGCAUGUUGAAAGUUGGGGAACUUGUAAAUUUGACAAAAAUAAAUGGCGAAUAGAACCUCAAGCUGCAGUUGCAACCGCAGUAAUGUUCGAUCGAACUACAGGAAUAAGCUGUGAAGAUUGUCUCAACAAAUGCAUGCAAAUGCAGGCACAAGAUACACGAUGGAUUUGUCGAACGCUAACCUACGACAAUAAGUGGCAAAUAUGCGAUCUAUUCGCGAUUAACGGAACGAAUUAUCCUUAUUUUUUAACCGACUUCCCAGAAAGGGAUUAUUUCGAGUAUCUCGAAGCAAAGCCUAUAGAAUUAACGAAGUUUCGAUCAUCGAUUAGUGACCCGAAGAACAAUGAGUCAGUUAGCCAGUGGAUCAACGACAGCAAUGCUGAAAACCUCAACAAAGCUUUAUCAACGAAAUCCAAAUUCAUCCAAAUUCAUCCAAAGCAGACUGUAGGGGAAUCUGUGGACGAAGAAGAAGGAACAGCUUAUGGUGAUGAACAUGAUUAUCAAGCCGUCGAAUUGUUCAGCAUAUCACCGAAACAACGAGCUAAUUAUAUGUGCAAAAAUAAUGAAAUAACUAGAUACGCAUCAAUCGGUGGAUAUUUGUUAGCAAAUCCAGGCAAAGAAACACAAUUUGUACCAAGUUAUGAUCCAAAUGAAUGUGCAAAAGCAUGCGAUCGCAACGAACUUUUCGAAUGGUAUAGGAUGAAAUUUGGUUCAAAUUUUUAUCUUAAAGAUAUAAAAGAUUUAAAUGAAAAAAUUUUGAGCGUAUCAGCAAAAGUAUCACCAGCAGGCUGUGAACUUUCAAGAAGGCGAGUCGAUUAUACAAUCCCGACAGAUAUUAUUCCAUCCUGGAAUAGCACUUAUCUUGAGAAGAUAUGUUUGCCGGCAAAAUCCGCUGAACAUACAACAAAGCUUUGGCCAGUAGUAAAGAAUUAUAUUUUGGUUGGCCAUGUCCUGGAAGUCAUCGAUGCUUCAUCAUUAUCCUCAUGUAUGUUGGCAUGUCUAAAAGCUGAAAAAGAUUAUGGCUUUAAAUGUAGAUCUGGAAUGUGGUAUCCAAAUGAUGAAGAUCAAAAUUGUUUGCUGAAUUCCGAAAAUCGUCAAACACAACCAAACGUUUUUGUCGAGGAAGAUAUUGGAACAGAAAUGCUUUAUUUCGAUGUGCCUCUUGAAAAAUCAUUAAAAAUAUAUGUCGCUGACAUUUUCUUCCGAGAUGCACCACUGGAAGAUGAUGAUGUUUCAUACGAAUUCACCCGCUGGUCAUCAUGCAAAAAUAGUUUUGAUGGCAUGCAGCAUCGAUAUUUAAAAUGUAACAAUCGCAAAGAUAUACGCAAAUGUCCUAAGCAAUCUCUUCCCUGUCGUAAAGUGAAGGUGAAAUCUUUAAUCGGCACUUGCUUAGCUGUUCGAGAUUCACUUGGACGAAAAAGAUGCCCUCAUGGCAUGCGAAGGAUUGGCACAGAUCGAAGAGAAUACUGCAAGCAUCCAGUGGAUUGCUAA